UUGUUGUUGUUGUUGUUGUUGUUGUUGUUCUCCAAUGUCUGUAGUGGCAGCAGCCGUUGUCUCGGGAGCCAGCUCGUUACUUUGUUCCUCAGCCGUGGUGGUUUCUUCAGGAACAGUAGCGGGCUGAUCUUCGAGCUUGGGUUGAUGUGUAGCCGUCGUCUCACCAGCAGUGGCAGUGGUUGCUUUCUUAUCAGAGACCUUUUUAUCGACAAAACUCUUGGCUUUGCCGAUGAAAAGAGAGAUACGCUUAGUGGCACUUGUUGACUUGGUAGGCGAGGGAGCAGGUGCUUCCUCAGUUGGCUUGGUGUCGGUAGGAGCAGAUUCAGUGACAGGCUCGGUAGAGGAAACGGGUCCAGUUUCUUCAGGAACGGUAGCCGUAGCAUCGGCUUUUUCGCCUUCCUUUUGCUCAGGAAGAGCUUCUGUGUUGUUGGAUGCUUCAACAGCAUCGGCAACAGCAGCAGCAGCAACAGGAGAAGAAGUAGUAGUAGUAGUGGUGGUGGUGGUGGUGGCAACAGGAACAUCCCCUACGUCAACAGCAGCAGGAGUAGCAGCAGCAGCAGCGUCGGUUGAAGUAUGAGUGAUAGGUUCAGUGGUAGACAUAGUAUCAAUACGUUGGAAAGAAAUAAAGAAAAGUGACUUGAAAAGAAACGAAAAGAAAAGAAAAGAAAGAAAAAGCAACAGGAGAUCAGAAAACAAGACUAAAAUAAAAAUAAAAUCGAAUCACACAAUUCGUUAAAAAAAAAAAAAACCUUGUGUCAAUUAAUCUUAAUUUCAUGAAUGUCGUGAUUGCCCUCAUUUUCGUGUUGUUUAAAAAAAACCAG